AUGGAGAAGAUUCUGAUAGAAACCGAAGAACAACUACAAGCACCCGCCAUCACUCUUAAUCUUGACCUCGACAGUCAACCCUUUACAACAAGAACAAGUUCAGCAACCAACCCUCCAACCCUUACCCGCCACGCUCUAUCACCAUUACCACGAUCAACAACUUCGGAGAAGGAACGAGAUAGCCAGUCUGGUUAUCAAUCCUCACUCUCGACUAUCUCAAUAAACUUAUCAUCCGCUAACAGUCUCGAUCCUUCUCAAGCUAACUUGCUUUCUUCUGCUACUCAACAAUCUUCUUUGACUACCAACAAAGCAACACCAACACAUCAUCACAAAGCUUACUUUCGCAAUCCAUCAAUUCGCUAUCAUCAUCCAUCAUAUCGACCAAGACAACAUCACGAACCAUCACAACAAACACGUCCGUUGAUCUCAGCUUCCUCAGCUCAAUCUCUUUACAUUCCAUCUUCCAAUUCAGCUUUCAAGACAAAUCAAAUGUCAAAUGAAGAGAUUCAACCCUUUCGGUCAUCUCCUCUAAUCUCUCCUUCGGCACUAGAAGCCAAUCAUGUCAGAUAUGAUCACAAGACCAAAAAAACUGAUCCAAUCAUUCAAGUUACAAAUGAUCAAUCUACUUUCCCUGGUCGGCCAGCUGGACUUCAUCCUCUUAGCAUCCCUCCUCUUACAGGAAGACAGAAGUUUUACAUCAUCGUUCUUCAAAUGCUUGGUGCAGCCUUGCUAGAUGGAGCUUUCAACUUUGGGAUUGGAUGUGCAAUGUAUCUCAACGCAACUUCUGUACGAGUAUGGAUCUUGACGGAGAACACCGUGGCAGGAGAUAUGGCGAUUACCAUCUUCAUUCAAGGAAUCCUUACAUUUUGUAUCGCAUCAGGAAUGGUACACGUCGAUUUACGAAAAAAUAAAGUGGAAGCCUUUCCUUUCCCAUGGCCCGAUACAGCAUGGGGUUCGGCGGCGAAGAAAGAUCCAGAAGCAACACGCUGGACAAUUGUUAGAUGGUGGAGAAAAUUCAAUAAUGAUCAAGGCUUUAGUCGUGGACUUCAUUUCUUCUCAGGUUCUGAUGUUAAUGAUAUCUUUAAUAGAAAAUUAACGUGGCGUCAAUUCUUCAAGAGGUUGGGUUGGUCUAUUUGGAAGGGUUCCAUCUUAUCUGUCAUUUACUUUUUUAUCCUUUGGCCUAUUUCAGUGGCUAUUGUGGCUCCCAUUUGGGAGCACAAGAACCUUGCUGGAACAUUUGUUGCUCCAAUAAUUAAAGGAGUCUAUGGAGCAGUCUAUGGAUUAAUUCAAAAUCCAGUCUGUGCAAUGAUUGCCAUGGGAUCAGAAGAUUCCGUACGGCACCAUCGCGCAGAACGUCAACAGAAACAAUUCAACAACCCAGAGAAAUCAGCUAUGACUACAACAGCUGCUGAACGAGUUUCAAUAGCUCCGGAUAUAGGAUUCAUGCAAGAACGUAGCCCAUCAGGUCUUCUGGUCAACAUGGGUGAUACAAGUCCAAAAACUACCAACAAAAGACUAUCAACACGCCGUGUGGAUAGUCUUCGACAAUCACUUGAUGGACUUGCACUUGUACCACCUCCACCACCAAGUCCAACAGAUAGAUCAGAAGUUUCAUCAGCUGGAUUAGGUUGGCGUUCAACAGAUGUACAUCGUCGAAGAUCACUUGAAGUUGCAAAGACUAGAAGUCGAUAUGAUCCACCACAAUUACCGACUCGUAGUGCAACCAUCAAUUUCGCUAGUCGGUCUAAACAUAAUUCUCAUAAUUCUAGUGAGGUCGGAAAUAGUUCACCUGAAAUUGAAUUUAACGAAGAUCAUCAAGGUAGAAGACCUCAUGUACCGAUGAGAAGACUAACUGAAUCUAGUAUCAUUAUCGAAAAUGAUAUAACUUCUAAUGCAUGAAUUUAAUUUGAUCUGACUGGCUUCAUCUUGUAUAAUUCAUAUGCCUAUUUUAAUAACACUUUCGUCUUGCUUAGAACCCCAUUUAUUGAAGUCAACCCUUCUUUUUUGUUUUGUUUUUUCUUCAUACGUUUACCCAAAUCGUUCUUUCAUCUUUGUUCCUCUUCAAGCUUGAACUACCUUUUUCCCUUUUACUUUCUUCUACUUUCACUGACCAUUGUUUUUCUCUCAAUUGAUUUUGAGGGAAUCAUAAUGAUGAUUCAUAUCACUCCUUUUUUUAAUAUUCAUUCCUUUAAAGUCAUUCUUUUUUUUAUUUAAUCUCAUUUCUUAUGUCUCUCCUUACAUGAAUUUUUAUGAUACCAGAGCAUUUUUUUUGCAAGUCAUUUGAAUAGAUACAUAAGAUUUUUUUUCUGAAUUCUAAUCAUUUAAUUUGGUUUCCAAUUUUAAAAAAAUCAUCUAUGAAUCCCAUUUUCUUUUCAUUACUUGAGCAAACUUCUUUUGAACGUUUUCUUUUCUUUAACACCACAUUUGAUUACUAUUUUCGAUUUUUCUUCCUACCAAUGCCAUUGAAUUACAGAAAUUUUGAUACCUAAUUUAUUUUGUCAUCUUUUUUCUUUCUUUCUACCUUGAGAUUUUAUUUUUGUACGGCUUUGCAUUUGAGGUUGGGAUUUAUUGUGCAGGAAAGAAGAUAGGGUUUUUCUUUGUUAUUUGGGUGUCUUUGCAAUUUAAUUGAAUUUUUUCUCUAC